AUGGAUGGCUUUCAGCUACGAGAUGAGGUCUCAAAGGAUCGUGUGCGCGCUGCAACUGAAUUUCUUGAUCCUCAAAAUGCGAACGCACGCAGCUUUCGAGCAGACAUUUUGGUGAUGCUCAAUCGAGGUCUGCGACGACUGACCGUCAGCCUUGACGAAAUCCGAGCACACAACCGCGAACUAGCAGAAGGUCUUCUGACGUCCCCUUUCGACUACUCACAAGCCUUCGACCAAGCCCUGAAGGACGUGGUUAAGGCCUUGCCAAACCGUCCCAUAAAAGAACAAGCGAGCGAAACCAACUACUAUUGCGCUUAUGUUGGAGCCUUCGGAGAAUUUUCCUGCAAUCCUCGCACACUUGGAUCCGAUCAAUUGAAUCGGAUGGUCUCCCUCGAGGGAAUUGUCACAAAGUGCUCUCUGGUCCGACCGAAGGUUAUUCAAAGUGUUCACUACUGCGAGGCAAAUGGAAAUUUUCACUCAAGACGGUAUCGUGACCAGACUAUGACUGCGAGCGGUGCCACAAGUUUGAAUGUUUACCCCCAGCAAGAUGAUGAGGGAAGACCACUUAUCACCGAAUAUGGCUACUCGACGUUUUUGGACCAUCAAUCAAUUUCCAUACAGGAAAUGCCCGAACGAGCACCGGCCGGCCAGCUACCCCGAAGUGUUGAUGUCAUUCUUGAUGAUGAUCUUGUCGACAAGGCUAAACCUGGAGAUAGAAUUCAGCUAGUGGGUAUCUAUCGCACACUAGGAAGUCGUAAUGCAGGCUCUGGCUCAUCGACAUUCCGCACCCUUGUGAUGGCCAACAAUAUAAUCCAACUUUCUUCAAAGAGUGGCGGUGGCAUUGCACAGGCUACUAUCACGGAUACAGAUAUUCGAAACAUCAACAAGAUCGCCAAGAAGAAGAAUGUCUUCGAGUUGCUAUCGCAAUCGCUCGCACCCAGUAUUCACGGCCACGAUCAAAUCAAAAAAGCUAUUCUGCUUAUGCUGCUCGGUGGAAUGGAAAAGAACCUGGAGAAUGGUACCCAUCUUCGUGGUGAUAUCAAUAUCUUGAUGGUUGGUGAUCCAUCCACGGCCAAGUCUCAGUUGCUUCGCUUCGUGUUGAAUACUGCUCCUCUAGCCAUCGCCACCACUGGUCGAGGUUCCUCAGGUGUUGGUCUGACUGCGGCUGUAACCACGGAUAAAGAGACCGGCGAGCGUCGAUUGGAGGCCGGUGCAAUGGUUCUAGGUGACCGUGGUGUGGUCUGUAUUGAUGAGUUCGACAAGAUGAGUGAUGUGGAUCGUGUCGCCAUUCAUGAAGUCAUGGAGCAGCAAACAGUCACUAUUGCCAAGGCUGGAAUUCAUACCAGUUUGAACGCCCGAUGCAGUGUCCUCGCGGCUGCCAAUCCCGUGUACGGACAAUAUGACCCUCACAAGGACCCACAUAAAAACAUCGCUCUGCCUGAUUCUCUUCUUUCCCGUUUCGAUCUGCUUUUCGUCGUGACAGAUGACAUUGAAGAUGCUAGAGAUCGUACCAUAUCAGAACACGUUCUGCGUAUGCAUCGAUACCGCCAACCCGGAACUGAGGAGGGUGCCCCCGUCCGAGAGCAGCUCAACCAGACACUGGGCGUGGGUAUUGAAGAUACCGGUGACUCCAACCAGCCUACAGAUGUGUUUGAAAAGUUCAACGUUAUGCUUCACGGUGGCAUGGUCAAUACUGGUCGAAACCGCGGCAAGAACGUGGAAAUCAUCAGCAUUCCCUUCAUCAAGAAGUAUAUACAGUACGCCAAGUCGCGAGUCAAGCCAGUCCUGACCAAGGGUGCUGCCGACCACAUUAUCGUCUCAUACUCUGCUCUACGAAAUGAAGAAAUUAUGGGUAGUAAGCGUCGUACUGCACCCAUCACCCCUCGUACCCUCGAAACUCUGAUCCGUCUGUCUACUGCGCAUGCCAAGGCCCGGUUGUCGAACCGAGUUGAUGAAAAAGAUGCCAAGCACGCCGAAGCUAUUCUGCGCUUCGCCAUGUUCAAAGAAAUAGUUGAGGUCGAGCGUCAUAAGAGACGUAAGCCCAAUACCUUCGAUUCAGACUCAGACGAUGAAAGUGAGCCCGAUCUUGAAAGUGACGAUGGUGAUAAUGGUGGUGACGAUUCCACAUUCCGUGGACAUUCGAGUGCCACACCAGGACGGAGGGGCACAAGGUCUCAUGGUGCUGCCAGCCUUGCCCCGGAGGAUGAAAGUCUCUACUCAUCCGGUAGCCCGCGUGCCUCACGCACACGGACCAGUCAGACCACCCGUACGCAGACUCAGAGCGAGUCUCAGAUGUCUAUGGCAUCUUCUCAGCCUGCAUCUCAGCUUGUGCAGUCCCAGACCGACGACUCGCAGUCCACUGUCUCAUCGGUCCAACCUAUCACUCCCGCCCGCUUGACAGUUUUCCGUCAGGCCCUGGGUCCUCUUAUGGGCACUCAGCUCUUUUCGGGUAGCGAUAUGGUCAAUGUCAACGUUCUGAUCGAGGCAGUCAAUGCAGCUAUUCGCUCAGCACCAACCCUCGGUGCUGCGCACAUCUUUUCACAGCCCGAGGCUUUCCAGGCUCUCAAUGUAAUGAACGACGAGAAUCUGCUAAUGUUCCUCGAGGACGACGACAAUGUCUACCGUAUCUAA